AUGGCCAAAACAACCCUCUUCAUCAACGGCCGCAUCUUCCUCUCCCCCGUCCGCCCCGGCCAAAACGCCGGCCUCCACACGCCCCCCUCCUUCGCCUCCUGCCUCCUCAUCCGCAACGACACCAUCCUCCACGUCGGCUCUCCCCAAGAUGAACCCAUCACCACCGCCCUUCUCUCCUCAUCCUCCGGGGAGGAGGAAGAAGUAGUGGAAACCAUCGACCUAGCCGGCCACUCCCUCCUCCCCGGUUUCAUCGACGGCCACAUGCACCUAAUGAUCAUGGGCCAAUCCCUCACCAAGCUCGACCUGGGUCCCUGCAAAUCUCUUGCCGACAUCCGAUCCACCAUCCGCUCCUACGCCGCCUCCCACCCCGACGUUCCCAGGAUCUUGUGUCGCGGGUGGAUGCACUCCAUGACUCCCGACGGAGUCACAGCCAAAGACCUGGACGGGCUCGACAUGGACGGAAAAGACCGACCGAUCCUGGUGGACACCAAGGAUCUACACUCGGCUUGGUGCAACACGGCCGGCAUCCGCGACUUGGGCGCCCAAGAAUGGCAGGAUGUUCCCGGCGGGACGAUUGAGCGGGAUGCCGACGGCAAAGUGACGGGCGUGUUCAACGAGGCAGCCAACAUCACCUAUGUAUGGCCGUACCUGGCGCGGGUGGCGACGGUGGAGGAGAGGAUGGCUGCUAUACAGGCUGCGGUGGAAGCGUACCAUUCCGUGGGGUACACGGGGGCGAUCGACAUGGCCAUGGACGAAGGGGCGUGGGAUGCGUUGCAGGAACUGAGAAGACGGUCGUCGUCGUCUUCGGAGGAGAACGGCGGCAAGGAAGGCAUUCCGUUGAGGAUUGCGGCGUAUUGGUUGGUGAAGCCGGGAAAGAAUGACGAGGAAAAUGUGAGGCAGGUGGAGAGGGCGAUUGAGCUUGCGAGGCAGUUCAACAGCGAGACGACGCCGGAUUGCAGGAUUGUCGGGGUGAAAAUCAUUUGUGAUGGCAUCAUCGAUGGAUGCACGGCUGGCCUGUCGGAGCCCUACGAGCAUAAUGGGCAUAGGGAGGUGCCGCUUUGGACGGCGGAGCAGCUGGAGCCCGUGGUCAAGAGGGCGGAUGAGGCGGGAUUGCAGGUGGCGUUGCAUGCGAUUGGGGAUGAGACCAUCAAGACGGUUUUGGACGUGUUGAUUGCGCACGCGAGCCCGGAGAGGAGACCGCGCGUGGAGCACUUGGAGCUGUCGAGCGAGAAGGACGCCGAGAGGCUGGGCAAGGCGGGCAUCACGGCUUCGAUUCAGCCGGUGCAUGCGGACCCGGCGAUCCUGAGGGCUUGGCCCAAGUUGUUGGGAGCGCACAGGUGUGGAAGGGCUUUUGCGUAUCGCGAAUUUGCGGAUCAUGGGGCGCCGUUGGCGUUGGGAAGCGAUGCGCCCACGGCACCGCAUGCUCCGUUGCCUAAUGUGUACGUUGGAGCGACGAGGAGAUCGUAUCGGGAGCCCGACUACCAGACCACGGUCAACCCGCACUUUGCUCUAGGCGUGUGCGAGGCGGUCGCUGCGGCGUCUCAGGGCGUGGCGUAUAGCUGCCGCGAUGAGAACAGGAUAGGAAGACUGGAGAAGGGGAUGAAGGCCGACUUCACCAUUGUGGACAUGGAUUGGGAUAAGGAGAAGCUGAAGGAGGCAAAGGUUCUGGAGACAUGGUUCGAUGGCAGGAAGGUCUGGUCGGCAAAGAACUGAUUCGGAUAUCGAUCGCCCUGAAAUUUUUGGAUACUAAAAUAGCAAACGUAGCAAGCCGUGUACUCUAUUCAUAAGGCCAGUAUCGCCUAGGCCAAAUGUUCAUCGCGGUCUUCAGCCC